AUUCCUGCCCGGCCCCCACUGAAUGGGGCUAUUGAAAGUUUCUGUAGCCACAGACCACACCCCCAACCAGAGCCUUCGGCUGCGCUGUGGCUCCUCUCUCAAGGGACAGCGUAGGCCCUGGGGGUCAGUUGGAGAGGGCUCUGGCUGCCAGCGACUGCUCUGGGGGUGUCUGCGACCAAGGACAAUCCUGGGCUUCUCCUGGGGCGUGGGCAGUUCUGCCUACCAGACAGAGGGCGCCUGGGACCAGGACGGGAAAGGGCCCAGCAUCUGGGACGUCUUCACACACAGUGGGAAGGGGAAGGUGCUCGGGAAUGAGACUGCAGAUGUAGCCUGUGACAGCUACUACAAGGUCCAGGAGGACAUCAUUCUGCUGAGGGAACUGCACGUCAACCACUACCGAUUCUCCCUGUCUUGGCCCCGGCUCCUGCCCACAGGCAUCCGAGCUGAGCAGGUGAACAAGAAGGGAAUCAAAUUCUACAGUGAACUUAUCGAUGCCCUUCUGAGCAGCAACAUCACCCCUAUCGUGACCUUGCACCACUGGGAUCUGCCGCAGCUGCUCCAGGUCAAAUACGGUGGGUGGCAGAAUGUGAGCAUGGCCAACUACUUCAGAGACUACGCCAACCUGUGCUUUGAGGCCUUUGGGGACCGCGUGAAGCACUGGAUCACGUUCAGUGAUCCUCGGGCAAUGGCAGAAAAAGGCUAUGAGACGGGCCACCACGCGCCGGGCCUGAAGCUCCGCGGCACCGGCUUGUACAAGGCAGCACACCACAUCAUUAAGGCCCACGCCGAAGCCUGGCAUUCUUAUAACACCACGUGGCGCAGCAAGCAGCAAGGUCUGGUGGGAAUUUCAUUGAACUGUGACUGGGGGGAACCUGUGGACAUUAGUAACCCCAAGGACCUAGAGGCUGCCGAGAGAUACCUACAGUUCUGUCUGGGCUGGUUUGCCAACCCCAUUUAUGCCGGUGACUACCCCCAAGUCAUGAAGGACUACAUUGGAAGAAAGAGUGCAGAGCAAGGCCUGGAGAUGUCGAGGUUACCGGUGUUCUCACUCCAGGAGAAGAGCUACAUUAAAGGCACAUCUGAUUUCUUGGGAUUAGGUCAUUUUACUACUCGGUACAUCACGGAAAGGAACUACCCCUUCCGCCAGGGGCCCAGCUACCAGAACGAUCGUGACUUGAUAGAGCUGGUUGAUCCAAACUGGCCAGAUCUGGGGUCUAAAUGGCUAUAUUCUGUGCCAUGGGGAUUUAGGAGGCUCCUCAACUUUGCUCAGACUCAAUACGGUGAUCCGCCCAUAUAUGUGAUGGAAAAUGGAGCAUCUCAAAAAUUCCACUGUAAUCAAUUAUGUGAUGAGUGGAGAAUUCAAUACCUUAAAGGAUACAUAAAUGAAAUGCUAAAAGCUAUAAAAGAUGGUGCUAAUAUAAAGGGGUAUACUUCCUGGUCUCUGUUGGAUAAGUUUGAAUGGGAGAAAGGAUACUCAGAUAGAUAUGGAUUCUACUAUGUUGAAUUUAACGACAGAAAUAAGCCUCGCUAUCCAAAGGCUUCAGUUCAAUAUUACAAGAAGAUUAUCAUUGCCAAUGGGUUUCCCAAUCCAAGAGAGGUGGAAAGUUGGUACCUCAAAGCUUUGGAAACUUGCUCUAUCAACAAUCAGAUGCUUGCUGCAGAGCCCUUGCUAAGUCACAUGCAAAUGGUUACGGAGAUCGUGGUACCCACUGUCUGCUCCCUCUGCGUCCUCAUCACUGCUGUUCUACUAAUGCUCCUCCUGAGGAGGCAGAGCUGAGACAGGAUUAUCAGUUUUGGAGCUUCAUAAGAGAAUCUUAAGGAUCUUCCUCCCUUUUCUGCUUUGAGGGUUUCCAUAUAUUUCUGUUUUCAGGUUCUACAAUAAUUAGCUUUUUUUCUCUUUCUCUUUUUGGCUUGUGCUGGGAUUUAAGAAUUAGAAAAUAAAAAUAAGCAGAAAUUAAAAAAAAAAAAACUUGUAAUCUCACCCCUCCUAAAGUUAAUGUUAAGAUUUUGCUGUAUAUAAUGAAUGUAUAUUAUGAAUUAUUUACAAAAAUGGGAUCAUAGUAUACAAACUGUUGUCACUUGAUAGUUUAUCACUCUAAAAUCUGUCCAGAAAUAUUACUUUAAUGUUCAAAUGAUUGCCAUCUCAGCACUGUCCCAUACCUGAUAGAUAAAAUCAAUCUGCCCGGGCGCAGUGGCUCACACCUGUAAUCCCAGCACUUUGGGAGGCUGAGGCAGGUGAAUCACUUGAGGCCAGAAGUUUGAGACCAACCUGGCCAACAUGGUGAAACCCUGUCUCUACUAAAAAUACAGAAACUAGCUGGGCAUGGUGGCGGGCACCUGUAAUCCCAGUUACUCGGGAGGCUGAGGCAGGAGAAUCGCUUGAACCUGGGAGGUGAAGGUUGCAGUGAGCUGAGAUCACACCACUGCACUCCAGCCUGUGCAACAGAGCAAGACUCCGUUUCAAAAGAGAAAAGAAAUCUAUAGAUAACAAUCCUUCCAGGUUGUAAAUAUUAUUAGCCAACCACAGAAAAGCAUGAAGUGGGUACCAAGUAAAUGAGCACGUACACUCUUCUGACAAUUUAGUCUGAAUUUAGUCUGACAACUUUGACUAAAUUCAACUUACUUUAGUCAAUAAAAUACCUCAAAGAAA